AUGAUCGUGAAGGUAUUCGACCACAUAUACAUCAGCAACGUGUACAAUGCGAACGAUAUUUACCACCUGAUUAAUUUAAACAUCGGGGGAGUCCUCACGUGCUUCCGUUGCAUGAGCAUCGAGUGGUGUCACCACGACCCCAAGGAAAAUAGAAAAAUUUUUUACAAAGACAAAUUUUUAAAAUGCAAGGGGGAACUCUUGAGAGACCCAGGAGGAAGGGACUUCCCCUUGCCACUAUGUCAGAGCAUCGCAGGAGGGAGAAAAAACGGUCAUCAGUUGGGCGCAAGUUUGACCCCAUGUAGUAGCAAUGUGGGGGAGGAACCGACCGAGGGGGGGGAUACGUCUACCCAGGGUGCAACAGAACAUAGCGAAGAAGACCUUUUUGCAAAACCGUAUGCACACUACGAUUAUAUUAUUUACCCGCUCGAAAUUGUUAAGAAAAAAAUUGUCAAGGAGACCAUCGAUGAUUACGUAAAAGCAAUGCAUGUGGAGAAGGCCCAUGCCUUCAUCGACGAAGUGAUUAGGAGUGAAAAAAAUGUAUUAGUUCAUUGCAUGGCUGGGAUUUCUCGCUGCUCGUCUAUCAUCCUGUCCUACAUCUCGAAGAAGAAUGGGAAGAGUAUUGCCGAAAAUUUCGCCACUCUCAAGGAUCGUUACCCUUUUGCCCAUCCCAACGAAAGCUUCUACCGUCAGCUGCUUCUCUACGAGAGGAUGAACUACACCUUAGAUGGACGAAGCGAAUACCACCUCGUCUACGAAGAGAUGAAGCGCGACCGGGGUGCUUUGGAGCGGCUAAAAUGCUUGAACCUUAAAAAUGAGCCAGACGCGACGUACAAGUUUAGGUGCAAGCUCUGCAGGUUUACUCUCUUCAACGAUAAUGACAUCAUUCAGCACCAGUUGGACAAGUACAAGAUAAAGAAAAAGUACGGUCAUUCCUGCACCAGCAUCUUUAUCGAGAAGAAGGAGUGGCUCCUCACCAAUCACAACAUGAAGGGCGUAUUGAUUUGUCCAAAUAAAAAUGUAAUUAAUUCGUGGGGCUGCUUCUCCGCGUUGUGGUGCAGCGCGAAGUUAGGAAAGUGGUCGUGGACCGGAAUCUGCUGCUCGUGCGGCUAUUUACAAAUCCCGGCCUUCAUGAUAAACACGUCGAACGUUGACCGCAUGAAGAUUAACCCCAGCUGA